CUUAGUCCAUCCAGAUCAAUAGGGAAGUGAGGGUGGAAAGAAGAAGAAGAAGAAGAAGAAGAAGAAGAAGAAGAAGAAGAAGAAGAAGAAGAGGAAGAAAUAAGGGGCGCAACAAGGAUCGUUUACACUGGCUGUUCCCGAGGAAAUAUAGACUUCCCUUGCUUGCACCUUUUGUUGCUCACAUGCUCACACUGUAAAAGUGGAUAUCGAGGCAAUUCCCUUGCUUUGUGUGAUUGCAGCAGACUUUUCCCCCUUUUCCUACCACCAUGUCUUUCCCUCAGCUGGGAUAUCAGUACAUCCGACCGAUAUACCCGCCGGAGCGCCAGGGGAUCGCCAGCAAUGCCCGGGCCGGGACAGAGCUCAGUCCGUCCGGCGCACUCUCCAACGUCCUCUCCACUAUGUAUGGAUCUCCUUUCGCCGCGGCAGCGCAGGGCUAUGGAGCGUUUCUGCCCUACUCAAACGAUAUAUCAAUUUUCAAUCAAUUGGGUGCUCAGUAUGAACUGAAAGACAGUCCCGGUGUCCAGCACCCAGGGUUUGCCCACCAUCACCCGGCUUUUUACCCAUAUGGCCAAUAUCAGUUCGGUGACCCGUCCAGACCCAAAAACGCCACAAGGGAGAGCACCAGCACCCUGAAGGCCUGGCUCAGCGAGCACCGCAAGAACCCUUACCCAACCAAGGGAGAGAAGAUCAUGCUGGCCAUCAUCACCAAAAUGACCCUCACCCAGGUGUCCACCUGGUUCGCCAACGCCAGGAGGAGGCUAAAGAAGGAGAACAAGAUGACCUGGGCCCCUCGGAACCGCACCGACGAAGAGGGAAAUGUGUACGGCAGCGAUCACGAGGGGGAGGAAGGGGACAAGAGGGAGGACGAGGAGGAGAUCGACUUGGAGAACAUCGACACGGAAAAUAUUGAGAACAAGGACGACUUGGACGACCAGGACGACCUGCACUCAGAUCUGAAACUCGACGGGAGGAGUGACUCUGAGAUUUCUGACGGCUAUGAGGAUUUACAAGGGCCCGACCAGAGGUUUCUAAAGGCUGUGGGGAAAGAGGGCAAAGACGUUGAGAGAGGAGGAGAGCACUUCCACAGCCACCACCACCACCAUCACUCUUCUUUGGACACCAAAGCGUCCCAAGCAAACGGUGAACAGCUCAAACUGAACCCGGUGUCCGUUAGCUCACCCCCCUCAGAAAACAGCCCUGCCCCAGCCCAAAAGCCAAAGAUCUGGUCUUUGGCAGAGACAGCCACGGCCCCUGACAAUCCACGCAAAUCGCCACAAAUGAACGGCAGCAACUCCGCAGGGCCGGCCGCCCAGACCCUUAUCGCCCCUCAUAGACUCAUCUCUUCUUGUCCCGUUGGGAAAAUCCAGAACUGGACGAACCGAGCCUUCUCGGCGCAUCAGCUGGCUUUACUGAACUCAAAUCAUUAUCUGGGACUGGCAAACCAGGCCACUGCCACCGGCCUGGCCCUCUACAGCAGCAGGCAAACGGAGGACAGGAGUCAUAGUUCAGAGACUUCAGUCACAGGUACAUGUCCCCGACACUGAGACGCGCAUGUAUAGAUAACUACAAAAAAAAAAACCAACAAAGACACUAGUCAUUGCCCGUCAUUCAUUUCUAUUACUUUCGACCUCCCUUUGCCUUCUUUGCCUCUUCAUGGAUUUUUUUUUCUCUCUUUAGGCCAAACCGAUGAACAGUGUUACAAUGUUAUAGCUUACAGAAUACAGCUGUGCGUGAAGUAUGACUGUGUGUGAGUGUGUGUGUGUGUGUGUGUGUGUGUGUGUGUGUGUGUGUGUGUGUGUGUGUGUGUGUGUGUGUGUGUGUGUGUGUAGCUGCUUUGAAAAAUGUCCGAGAGGAUUGAGAAAAACCUCGUGAGAAAGCAUUUAAGAAAAAAAGUCAAAAGUUGAAUUGGGUGAAAACUGUUCUUGAUUUCCGUGCCCCUUCCUUCCUUCCUUCCUUUAUUUGGUGUUGUUACAUGAUAUUAAGGCCCAUGUGCUUGUAUUCAAUGCUAAAUUCAUCAACCAACUCGUUUUCAACAGUAAAGUCACUGAGACCCAGGAUGGGCUCUGAUAAAAGGCAGUCCAAUGAAUGCAUUUUUUAAUUUUCAUUGCCACAAUUUCAGAGAGAUCUAGUGCCUUGGAUGCAGAGAAAAAGUUGUUAAAAACAGCUUUCCACCCAGUUCAAAGAUAGCGAGGCUGUCAAUUAAUGACAUUUGGGAAUUAUAAUUUUUUUUAUGCCAUACCACGUUUUCUUUUUUGAACGCCAUAUUCACCCAAAUUAGCUUUUAAUCUAAGAUGUUUUUUUUUAAUUUAUCCUUGUGUGCGCGCUUGUGUUAUUUCGUCAAGGCCUAUGUUACACUUACUUGUUUGGUCAUGCAAAUGAGCUCAAUGCAAAUUCACCACAGGCUCGUUUUUGAAAGGCAAUUGUCACUUUUUAUCACUUUGUUUUUUUAUUUC